UCUUACUAUGUGCCUUUGUUGCCUCAGCAAGGUGAUGCUCACGCCAAUCCUCCUUCGCCACUUGGCCCACACACGCUUUACCAUUCUUCGCUUGAUAAAAAUUCUCAAAUAGACCGCUCGACUGAUUCUAUCUUGUCACCUGGGCACAACAAAGCAUUCAUAAGCUCCUCAACCGCCAAUCCGGCUCCUGAAUUACUACCUUCCAGCGCUCCGUCCAAUACAGACUCACAGGUCCGCUCUGACCAGUUACACCCUGAUUCAUUUUUUCUCAGCAAUUCUCCUCGAGGCUCCACUUCUUGUGCUCCUUCUAUCACACCUACUGUAGGUGCAGCUAGUGGACAUUCAUUCUUGAGGACUAAUUGUCGAUUGGCUGUCGCGGUCAGUGCCACUCUGACACUAAGCCCAGCCCAGCGCUAUGAAGACUUGAGCCUCGAACAUGGAGCUACAACUGUAGGGAACAAUGACUUUCUUAGCAACGACAUUCGGCCAAGUCAAGCUGAAGCCGAGUUCGCCGUAGUUUGGCACAUGCCUCUAGUCCGUUUUCGCACUGGUCAAGUGGUCUACAAGAGGUGCGUCUACAUAUACACUUCUUCGUGUUUGUGCUUGCUCCCUUCUUAG